UCAAGGUUGCUUCGUAGACGUGUUGUGCGGAGCUAAGGUCGGCGCACACGCAGCCGGGGAGUGGGGGGCCGGCCUGAGUGGGCCGGUGGAUUCCCAAUACGUUUAUGGGCUAAACUUUGCUGCCAAAUGAUUGUGCUAAAAAUCUCAGUGUUGUGUCUAGGACCGAAGGGUUCAGGGAAGACCACGUUACUGAAAAAACUUCAAAACGCUGAAGGGAUCGACAAUACAUACAGCCCUGUGCCAACUAUUGGAACGAAUAUUUACGACAUUUAUUAUAUAAACAAGCAUGGGAAAAAGCAAAUGUUGUCAAUCAGAGAGGUGGGCGGUGAGAUGGCGCCACUGUGGCACAAUUAUUUAGACGGUAUUGAAAAGGUAAUUUACGUGGUGGACACAUCUAAUUUGUGUCAGAUAUCUGCCGCUGCUGUGUUACUUUACACGUUACUGGCUGAACCAAGACUUAAAAGCGCCAAGUUUAUCCUUGUGCUGAGCAAGAUGGACGCAGCAUACAGACAGAUGCGUAACGAAGCGCUUCUAAUGCUGCAACACACGCGACUCAGCACUGAGCUAUCUAAUGCUCCGAUGCUGUUGGAGGCUGCGCCCCUCACCGGAGAGGGCAUGGACCAGCUCAAGGUUGCCCUCUGUGAUACUAAACCCGCAACCACAGUUUAA